AUUGACGUUGGCGCGAACUUGCUGUUUUAUGGCCCUGAAAUCAAGUACAUACUUGCUCGAGCUCGAAGCAGUGCGUUGAGAAGAGAGCGACGAAGUGAGGGAACGUUGUAGAUGCGCGCGCCGCGUAUAAACAUGACCGUAGCGCGUAUGUUAUUGUUUUCAUGCGGCGUGAGGCAGUAUUUUCGCGCGCUCGUAUUGCAUUGCAGUUUGCAGUAUACCCAUGCGAUCGUACCGUGCCUGUUUCGACCUGUUGCAACGAAAACCGUCGUAACUGUAUGGUAAUUGAUAAUAGUUGUGAUGUACUCGAUUCGUUGCUCGUAUGAAAUUGGAGGAUUUUGCGUUAUAUUCAAUGACUAGUGGUGUGCCGUGAAAAAUUCAACAUUUCAGAAAAUAUUUACAAUUACAUGAGAAAAUGUGUCGCGCUCGAUGAGUUAAAAUAUUACCGGAUUCGAAACGAGUACAUCGUUAAAUAAGUGGAAAACGUCAGUGCGCGUGCUAUUCUCAAGGUAUUUUUCCUGAUAAUGAAAAUGGAACCGAUAAAACCGUCGGUCUUUUAUGGCGAAGAUAGAGCCGAAUACUCGAAACUGAGGAUGGAAAAAACUUUAAAAAACGCAGAGCGUUACAAAUAUUUAUUGUUCAACCGAAUGCCUCAAAAACUCAUGGGACCUACUCAAUUUUGGCAACAAUUUCCACGUCAAGCCGAAGCUCUCGAAACUGCUGAAAAACAGUCCGAAAUAGAAACUGUUUGUACAUUCGUUUAUCAGAAAGAGAGCGGUUAUCGGGAAUUUAUUGUCGCACAUCCCGAAGUCUUUUGGUUUUAUACUUCACGAAUGUCCAAUGAAAGUAGAUGUUUUUACGAGGUAAUACCAGAAGGAGCUCCUUGCUGGUUGUACUUUGAUCUUGAAUUCAAACUGGAACUGAAUCCAGGCAGCGACGGUCCACGCAUGACAGAUACCGUGAUAAAAAUUUUCUGUUCCUACAUAGAAAAAUAUUGGGGUUUGUCGUGGGAUGAGAAAAAUGUGGUGAAUUUGGAUUCUACUACAAGAUCAAAAUUCAGCAGGCAUCUGAUAUUUUGUAGGAAGGAUGUAGCAUUUUGUAAUAAUAUACAGAUCGGCAGUUUUGUGAAGGGUGUUUGCAAAGAGGUAGAAGAAUAUUUGGAAAACAGCUCUGUACUUCAUGAUGUACUGAGUCAUUACGACAGAAAAGAACUGGAACAACUUUUUGUCGAGACGGAUAAGGGAAAAAAAAUAUUCAUUGACACUUUGGUUUACUCGCGUAAUCGACAUUUCCGUAUUUACAAAUCUACAAAGUGGGGUAAACUUUCAAAUCUUCUAGUUGCUCCAGAAUCGAAACACGUCCCAUUGCAAGACCGCAAUGACAAACAACUUGCCAUCUUUCUCGACUCACUGAUAUCCUUUUUUCCUGACAAAAAAAAUCUCUCAAUUCUUGAAAUCAAAGAUAUCGAUUCUAUUGGAUCACAAGCUUAUUCGGGGUCUUCUAGUCGAGUGAAUUUUUCUAACACUCAAUACUCUGCUUCCUUGUAUCCCGAACUUGACAAAUUCAUUUUGUCUCUUGUCAAACCUGGCAAAAUUCGCUUGUCCAAGUACUACGAACAACGAAGAAUCAUCGUUUAUGAAAUUCUCGGAAAUAGGUAUUGCGCCAACAUCGGUAGAGAGCACAAAAGUAACAACGUUUUCUGGACAGUCGAUUUGCGUACAAAAAAAGUUUAUCAAAGAUGUCAUGACGAGGAUUGUGCUGAUUUUGUAUCAGCUCCGAAAGACAUACCUCUUGAAGUUUCUUUUCACAUUGACGAUGAGGAAGAUGAAUUAUUUUUGGAUAUCGCAGCAAAAGAGGAUAAUCAAUGCGAUAUAUCACAAUUUUGAUCACAAAAGUCUUUCGACAUGGUAAAAAUGUAUAUUUCAUUAUUAAUAAUACAAUUUGUAAAGACAUACGAUUAUUUAUUCGUAUUCACAGGAAUAUCUAAAUUUGUAUAUUUUGUACACAAGUAUAUACGACAUUGCUGAGAGUUUUGUCCUCUUCGAUACUUCAAAAUAUUGAACUAUCUAUAAGCAGUUUUUCAAAUAAUCAUCGGUAGGUUCAUAUUUUAUUAUUAUUACGUUUUCUCAUUCAAUUUACAGAUAUAUUUAUUUGCUUGAUACACUAAAUGUUACUGCGCAUUUCGAUGCUCAUUGUUUGAUGGAUAUUGUCGAGACAAAUUCAUAAUACAACUUCCCAUACUUGAAGUAUUUUUCCGUUUCAUUUUCAUCUAAAAAUCCCCGGAUGGGGAUUUUUAGAUGAAAUAUUGGGCUCGAAAAUUCCACAACGCUCACUGAGAUUUCCCACAGUUUUUUGAACGUUUGAAAGAAGAUUUAUAAAUUUGCCCCGUUGAGAAUAAUCUAUUCAUUUCACAUAACAGUAAAAUCAUUGUACUGUUAUCUUAAAUAACUGACACUUAUAUUUUAAUGACUUUUGCAUUGUGAUUCUACGUUGCGUUUGUACACAAAUUUUCUAUAGAAAAAUUAUAUGCAAAGCGACCUUAAGAGCACUCAGAGUUCCUAGCGCUUAUACAGGAAAAAAUGUAGCAUCAAAGUACAUUGAAGCUUUGAUAUAAAAAUUGUAUUUUAUUACCGUUUAAAAUGAAAUGAAGGUCUGCAAAAAUUGAGUCGGUGAUUUGUAGCUGUUUUCAUAGAGCAGUGGAAUUUCGAAUGCGAUUUUAUUUCGCGAACGCUUGGAAUUGUAUUGUCAUAUGAUUACAUUUUUUACAAUUUGUAAAAUGAAAAAAUAUACGUCUGGAGGCCUCAAAA